CAGGCCGCGGCAGCACUCGGGCCGGGGGUGCGGCGCCCAUCCCGGCAGACCCGAGCCCCAGGCGCGGCGCCCAGCGGCCGAGCGGGAGGGCGGCGAGGGGCCGCCCGUGCCGCUGUCCCCGCCCAGCGCGCCCUGCGCCCCACUUCCCGGGUGGCCGCUCGGAAGCUCAGCCUUCCAGCCUCCCCCCCAGCGCUGUCCGGGACUCGCCGGGAAGCGAGCAGCUGGCAAGUUUCGGCGCGCGCAGGCGGCGGGCCGCGGGCACCGUGCGCUCCGGGAGGGGUGGCCGCGGCUGCGGGCUCGGCGCCCCGCGCGCGCUUCGGCGAUGGCUCCUCCGCCGCGGCGGCGGCUGCGCCUUCGCCCCCGCCGCCUCCUGCUCCUUCUCCCCGGAUUCCUGCUGCCUCUUUGCGGCGCCUUCAAUCUAGAUGUGGACAGUCCUGCCGAGUACUCCGGCCCGGAGGGAAGUUACUUCGGCUUCGCGGUUGAUUUCUUCGUGCCCAGCGCGUCUUCCAGGAUGUUUCUUCUGGUGGGAGCUCCCAAAGCAAACACUACCCAGCCUGGGAUCGUGGAAGGAGGGCAAGUCCUCAAGUGUGACUGGUCUUCUCACCGUGGGUGCCAGCCAAUUGAAUUUGAUGCAACAGGCAAUAGAGAUUACGCCAAGGAUGAUCCGUUGGAGUUUAAGUCCCAUCAGUGGUUUGGAGCAUCUGUGAGGUCAAAACAGGAUAAAAUUUUGGCCUGUGCCCCACUGUACCACUGGAGGACUGAAAUGAAGCAGGAGAGAGAGCCUGUUGGAACAUGCUUUCUUCAGGACGGAACUAAGAUUGUUGAGUAUGCUCCAUGCAGAUCAAAAAAUAUUGAUGCUGAUGGACAGGGAUUUUGUCAAGGAGGAUUCAGCAUUGAUUUUACUAAAGCUGACAGAGUACUUCUUGGUGGUCCUGGUAGCUUUUAUUGGCAAGGUCAGCUCAUUUCAGAUCAAGUAGCAGAAAUAGUAUCUAAAUAUGACCCCAAAGUUUACAGCAUCAAGUAUAAUAACCAGUUAGCAACUCGGACUGCACAAGCUAUUUUUGAUGACAGUUAUUUGGGUUACUCAGUGGCUGUUGGAGAUUUCAAUGGUGAUGGCGUAGAUGACUUUGUUUCAGGAGUUCCAAGAGCAGCGAGGACUUUGGGAAUGGUUUAUAUUUAUGAUGGGAAAAACAUGUCCUCCUUACACAAUUUUACUGGUGAACAGAUGGCUGCAUAUUUUGGAUUUUCUGUCGCUGCCACUGACAUUAAUGGGGAUGACUACGCAGACGUGUUUAUUGGAGCACCUCUCUUCAUGGAUCGUGGUUCUGAUGGCAAACUCCAGGAGGUGGGACAGGUCUCAGUGUCUCUGCAGAGAGCUUCGGGAGACUUCCAGACAACCAAGCUGAAUGGCUUUGAGGUCUUUGCGAGGUUCGGCAGUGCCAUAGCCCCUUUGGGAGAUUUGGACCAGGACGGCUUCAAUGAUAUUGCAAUUGCUGCUCCAUAUGGGGGUGAAGAUAAAAAAGGAAUUGUUUAUAUUUUCAAUGGAAGACCCACAGGCUUGAACGCGGUACCUUCUCAGAUCCUUGAAGGGAAGUGGGCUGCUCGGAGCAUGCCACCAAGCUUCGGAUAUUCAAUGAAAGGAGCCACGGAUAUAGACAAGAAUGGAUAUCCAGACUUAAUUGUAGGAGCCUUUGGUGUAGAUAGAGCUGUAUUAUACAGGGCCAGACCAGUUAUCACUGUAAAUGCUGGCCUUGAAGUGUACCCUAGCAUUUUAAAUCAAGACAAUAAAACCUGCCCACUGCCUGGGACAGAUCUCAAAGUUUCCUGUUUUAACGUCAGGUUUUGCUUAAAGGCAGAUGGCAAAGGAGCACUUCCCAUGAAACUUAAAUUCCAGGUGGAGCUUCUUUUGGAUAAACUCAAGCAAAAAGGAGCAAUUCGACGAGCACUCUUUCUCCAUAACAGGUCCCCAGGUCACUCCAAGAACAUGACCAUCUCAAGGGGGGGACAGAUGCAGUGUGAAGAACUAAUAGCGUAUCUAAGGGAUGAAUCUGAAUUUAGAGACAAACUCACCCCUAUUACUAUUUUUAUGGAGUAUCGGUUGGAUUAUAGAACAGCUGCUGAUGCAACAGGCUUGCAACCUAUUCUUAACCAGUUCACUCCUGCCAAUAUUAGUCGACAGGCUCAUAUUCUGCUUGACUGUGGUGAAGACAAUGUCUGUAAACCCAAACUGGAAGUUUCUGUAGAUGGUGAUCAAAAGAAGAUCUAUAUUGGGGACGACAACCCUCUGACCUUGAUUGUUAAGGCUCAGAAUCAAGGAGAAGGUGCCUAUGAAGCUGAGCUCAUCAUUUCCAUCCCACCGCAGGCUGAUUUCAUCGGGGUUGUCCGCAACAGUGAAGCCUUAGCAAGACUUUCCUGUGCCUUUAAGACAGAAAACCAAACCCGUCAGGUAGUAUGUGACCUUGGAAACCCAAUGAAGGCUGGAACUCAACUCUUAGCUGGUCUUCGUUUCAGUGUGCACCAGCAAUCAGAGAUGGAUACUUCUGUGAAAUUCGAUUUACAAAUCCAAAGCUCCAAUCUUUUUGACAAAGUAAGCCCGGUUGUAUCUUACAAAGUUGACCUUGCUGUUUUAGCUGCUGUUGAGAUAAGAGGAGUCUCAAGCCCUGAUCAUAUCUUUCUUCCAAUUCCAAAUUGGGAGCACAAAGAGAAUCCUGAAACUGAAGAAGACGUUGGGCCAGUUGUUCAGCACAUCUAUGAGCUGAGAAACAACGGUCCAAGUUCAUUCAGCAAGGCAAUGCUUAAUCUUCAGUGGCCUUACAAAUAUAACAAUAACACUCUGUUGUACAUCCUUCAAUAUGAUAUUGAUGGGCCAAUGAACUGCACUUCAGAUAUGGAGAUCAACCCUUUGAGAAUUAAGAUCUCAAAUUCACAAACAACUGAAAAGAAUGACACAGUUGGUGGGCAAGGUGACCGGAACCAUCUCAUCACUAAGCGGGAUCUCACCCUCAGUGAAGGAGAUGUUCACACUUUAGGUUGUGGAAUUGCUGAAUGCUUGAAGGUUGUCUGCCAGGUGGGACGACUAGACAGAGGAAAGAGUGCAAUCCUAUACGUAAAGUCUCUGCUGUGGACCGAGACCUUUAUGAAUAAGGAAAACCAGAAUCAUUCAUAUUCUCUGAAGUCGUCGGCUUCAUUUAAUGUCAUAGAGUUUCCUUAUAAGAACCUUCCAAUUGAGGACAUUUUCAACUCCACAUUGGUUACCACUGAUGUCACCUGGGGCAUUCAGCCAGCACCCAUGCCUGUACCUGUGUGGGUGAUCAUUUUAGCAGUUCUAGCAGGAUUGUUGUUACUGGCUGUUUUGGUAUUUGUAAUGUACAGGAUGGGCUUCUUUAAACGUGUCCGGCCACCUCAAGAAGAACAGGAAAGGGAACAGCUUCAGCCUCAUGAAAAUGGUGAAGGAAACUCAGAAACUUAAGUGAUUUUUAAGUUACGCUACAUCCUGUCCCAUUAGAAGUACCAGCUUCAUUAUAGAUUUUAAAAUUUCCUUCAUGAGGAAUAAAAUUCCAAGACGGUACUGCUGAUGCUGCCCAUUGGCAUUAACCACAAAGUGAGAGCAAUGUUUAUCAACCUUUUCAUCAUAACUAAGUUCAGACAUACAUUUCAUACACAUCCACUGACUCGUAUUUUUAAGUAUUUAAUUAAUAAGAUUUCAAGUGAUAGAUCUUCUUCAGUGUACAUAAAACAGGUAGUACCUGAGUUACCACUUUAUCUAAAAUAGUACCUCCUACAAUUAUUGUCUCUGAUUUUGUAUGUUGGAUUUUGUUUGUUGUUGUUUUUGUUGUUUUAAAGCAAUCCAAAUUUGGACCUUAGGAUCCAUGUCUUUUGUGCAGAUACUUAAUGUUAAUACACAUUACACUACAGUUGAGUUUUCAAGCUAACUUUAUAAUUGCAUAAACUUGGAUUUUAAUAUUACCUAUAUGGUAGAACUUUAAAAAAAAGAAAAAAGCAUGAUCCCAUCAAAACUCUUUUCUGUAAUAGCAAAGGUCCAGUUUUGUUUUAAUAUGAAAAUUGAGUACAUGCUAUUGAGUUUUUAUUUAUAUUUUUAUCCAUAAUCCAUUUGAUUACAUUUUAUUUUGUGUUAAGUUUAAGUUCUAUUUCAAAUCCAUUAAGUCAACUUAUACUAAAAAUUAGUUUUAGAAGCAAAAAUGCCUCUUUUAGUGUAGUCGUUGAAUUUCUGCUAAACGUCAUGAUGCUUGAAGCCAUAUGGAGUUGGAAAUCGUUUCCAGAGUACAUUUAUUCCAUUGCAUUAGUCUGGCUAUAUACAAUACAAAAAAAAAAAAAGGCAUUUAAAUUAAAAGACUGCGUUUGUAGUUCUUAGACAGAGUUGCUUAUUAGUAGUUUGUUCUUAGAUUAGAGCAAGAGUUUUUAGCUGGAAUUAAUUUAUUUUCCUCCUAUAUGUGUAUUUUUCCUUACAUUUCCAAGACUGUUACUGAGAAUGUGUCAAGAUCAAUGAGGAAUCUUUACAGCUUACAGGAACCUGCACUCAACCUCCCUACCCUGCAAGAAAUCCUUGGAAUUGCAAUUCUUAAAGCAGCUCACUGGUUUACUUCUAGCAGUUAGCGUGAUGCUACUCCCAUGGAGAUGACCUCAGUUGAAGCCAGGUGUAACAUGUAAAAACCAGUCUCGGCUAUCAAAAUGACUUCUUAGAGGUUAUUUUAUAAGCAAUUCAAGUUAUUGGAAACCUUUUUAAACUUUCUUAGGUUUAUUAAUAUAAAUUACUUUUCUAGGAUUUUUAAAUAAAAGCUGCACAGGUGGCAAGUUGUAGUUUUAUAAGUCCGUAGGGUGAUGAAUCUUCUAGAGGAAGAUAUGAAUUAUUCACAGUUCCUCCAGGCCUGGGGAUAGCUAUUCAUUAUACCUAUUUUUUUGCAGUUACAUCAUGUUGUGCAUUAGAAACUGAGAUUCAGUAGUUUUUUAACUACUGUCUUCAUUAGGCAAUGAUGAAUAUUUCCCUUAAAUAAUUGAAUAUUUUUCUAUGUUUUUAAAAAAAUUGAAAUUUAUCUUGCCAUGUCUUUGUGUUAUAACUCCCUACAUAAGUGCCUAAGCUAGAAUAUAUUCAUAAAAUAGAGGCAUAUGUAGAUGAGUUAAACAAGUUAAAACAUUGACAAGACCCUAUAGCUAGCUUUAGUGAUGUUCAAAAUUAAUAGGUGUUGUAAUAUAGAUUUUAUUAGUAGCUCAAAAAAUCUUAGUCAUAUGCAAUAAGUAUUUUUAUUACCAAUAAAUUUAAAGUUUUUUUAAGAAAAAAGUAUUUUUAUCCUAGGGCCUGCCACCAGAUAGUCACUAAGUUGGUCUAGAGUAAUGUUCACCUUACCUGUUUUCCCACCUAAUAGCAGUCAUUCCUGAAAGUGUCUGUUGGAUAGAAAGUCACUCUUUCAAAAAAAUGUUACUAUUUGCUUUUGCACAAUCUAUUCCUUUUAUGGCCUCUUAUCUCAAGGUAUAAUCUUUUAUCAGAGAUUGAAGGAGGAGCCAAAAUAGCUCAGUUGGGAGACCAUUAGAGGGGAGGAGAUUGAAGAGUGUUGUCAUGGAAAUUAACAUGAUGUUUUAAAUUGCUCUUAUGAAAUGUAGUUUAAAGCAAUAGUAUUUUCUUUAAGAAAAAUGAAGAUUUAUAUCUGUACAAAAGUAUGGUAGGAGUAUAAUUUAAAAACCUAAUCUUUGAGGAAAAUGUUUGGGAAAAUUUGGGAUUCUUCUUACCCUAAACUAGCAUGUGAAUGUUUUGGUUAAAAUGUCAAAAAAUAAUCACUGCUGUGUUUGUGGUGUAUGGAGAAUUGAAAGCCAUUUUGAGUGUAAAAUUCUUAUAAUAUGAUUCACUUUAAGAAAACACGUAUGGUUGGGGUUGAGAAUAUUUAAAACAUUUGAUAUUGGUAAGAAAUAUUGAUACUGCUGUUGAUUUCUUAUAUAGGCAUUUAUUUCAGAGUUGAUAUUUUGAGAAACAUUUGUGUGAGGGACGCUCUUUCCUUUUCUUCCGUUUACCUUUUUCUUGUAAUUAGUGAUUAUUGUAAUUCUAAUUAAGUUCUUAAUACUGAAUUGUAAAACAAUUAAUCAAAAUAUUACUGCCACAGUUCUACCUGUUAUGAAACUACAUAGUCGUAGUAAAUUCUCAUUAGUACUUUACAUAAAGAGAAAAUUCAAGUAUUAGAGACUAUACUGGCUUCCUUAAGAGGAUGUGAAAGAUUUUUCAUAGUGAAUCAUGACCCUAAGAGAGAUUUAUGUGGCAAAAGUAUAGAAUAUAAUAGAUCAGCUGGUUUUUUAUAAGGCAAAGAAUUGUAAGCUGAUUGAUGUUCCUGUGUUGCAGAAGGUAGUGUUGAGCUUGGCAAAGAAUAAGUCAUACUUGGAAUACUUGUGUAUGACUGUUUUAUCUCAGUCACUGUGUUAAUGCUCUUGGGUAGCUUAUAUAUGUGAUAGUUUGAUUAAUAAGAAAAAAAUAUAAAAUUUGAAAAUCGAACAUAGGAUCCAAAAUGGUGAAUGAAAUAACUUAAUACUCAGUGCUUUGGAGAGUAUUUCUUUUAACUUGUUGGUAGGCUAGUUUGAACAGUGAACCUAUGGACAUGUAGCACGCAUAUAUGCUUGUAUUUCAUUGUAAUUUCUGAUACAUAAUGAACUUCUUGGGAGAGGUACUGAAUCUGAUUUUUGUUGUCAUUCUUCUCAAGUGCAAUAUAACAAUGUAACCAAACCUAGAUAUUUCAAAGUCAUUAUUAAUUUAGUAAACCUAAUCUAAACGGAGAUUUAUUAAUAUUUUUGUUAGCAGGAAGGGGUGAUUCUGAGAUGGAUAUACGAAUGAAGUUAUUUACCCCUAAAAGGUCCAUUUUACACUUUAUUUCAGGCUGGACGUGAACUGUUUCCUACUAGUUUUGAAACACUUUGUAAUAUCUUAAAGUAACUUGAAAGCUGUGUAUAUCAAUUAAUUUCCUACCUAAGUAACAUAGAAAGUAAUUUUCUUUAUUUAGCUCUCUGUGAUCACCCACAUUGGGUGAGACAUAAAAUGAAUGUCUUCUAAAAUUUGUCAUUUGCUAACUUGAUUUGAGUUAGUGAAAACUGGUACAGUGUUCUGCUUAUUAGUUUCCACUGUGUAACUUGUGUCUGUUCAAUAAACUUGAGCAUAUGGUGCCAUUUAUGUGCAAA